AUGAACUAUUUUAAACUCCCUCUGGGUCUAUGUGCAGAAAUUGAAAGCCUAAUAAGAAAGUUUUGGUGGGGUCAAAAAGGAGACAGGAGGAAGAUUCAUUGGGUCAAAUGGGAAACUCUUUGCCUCCCAAAAUCUGAAGGGGGUAUGGGAUUCAAAGACUUGGCCCUAUUCAAUGAUGCACUACUUGCAAAACAAGCAUGGAGGCUUUUGCACAAUCAGAAUUCCUUAUUUUAUAGGGUAUUCAAAUCCAAAUUCUUCCCGGAUUGCUCGAUUUUGGAGGCCUCAAAUUCUCAUUUAGGAUCUUAUGCUUGGCAAAGUAUCCUAAAAGGGCGGGAUGUUUUGUUGAAAGGUGCUAGAUGGAGAGUAGGAAGUGGGGAGUCCAUUAGUGUGUGGCUUGAUGCAUGGCUGCCAUCAUUGGAGCACCCACGGAUACAAUCACACAUUGUUGAAGGAUUGGAAGAUAUCAAGGUAAAAGACCUCAUAGAACCGGAGACACACAGUUGGGAUGAUAAUCUCAUUCAAGGUUUGUUCAACAACCAGGAGGUAAACUUGAUAAAGAGUAUUCCCUUAUGCACUACCCCUGUUACGGAUACAAUCACAUGGCCUUUCAAUGCUUCGGGUUCUUACACUGUGAAAUCUGGAAUAUAA